AUGACCGACAAAAACUCUCUCUUGGCACUGCUUCAGCGUCCGCUGGAACCGACCUUUCUGCCCAAGGAUGAUGGAAAAACGGUUCUAAUCAUUCCGGAAGAAUACAUGAGAGACCGAUAUCGGCCAUUGAGCACGGAUAUUCAGCAACGGCUCACCGGAGGAGCUGAUGUGGAGAUUCCGGUGCGAAACGUUGGCACUCCGGAUAUUUCAUUUGCUGAGGUCAUCGAUCGACGCGGCGCGUUUUCUUUGUUCAUCGAGAAGCAUCGUGACAUCGCAGGACGGUUGAUCAACUUGUUCAUGACUCAACCGGAUGUAACCUCACUGAUGGGUGUUGCAACGUAUGCCAGGGAGAGACUAAACCCGGUCCUGUUCCAGUAUGCACUAACCGUUGCAAUUCAACAUCGUCCGGACACGAAGGAUGUGCAAAUCCCAUCCAUCAUCCAACUAUUUCCGGACCAAUUUGUUGAUCCUGCCGUAUUUCCGAAGCUGCGCGAGGAAGGAAGUGUUGUGGAACAGGCCAAACGUACAACGAUAGAUAUUGAACCGAACUUUACUGCUUCUGAUCGGGAAAUCGAACAACGAAUGGCUUAUUUCCGUGAGGAUAUCGGAAUAAAUAUGCACCACUGGCACUGGCAUUUGGUUUAUCCGGCAGGAGCAGCUCCGGAAAUUGUUCGUAAAGAUCGUCGCGGAGAGCUGUUCUAUUACAUGCACAGUCAGAUCAUUGCACGCUACAACGUGGACCGAUUCUGCAACCGAUUGUCCCGUGUUCGUCCGUUAACGAACUACCGCGAGGCCAUUUCCGAAGCGUACUUCCCGAAGAUGGUUCGUAGUUCGAACAAUCGAGCAUACCCCGCUCGAGCCGCUGACUCUGUCCUGCGGGACUUGAAUCGGGUGGAUAACGAUACGAUUGUAUCUGUCAAUGAUCUACAACGAUGGACUGAUCGAAUCCAUCAAGCAAUCGAUCAGAAGGCUGUAGUUGAUACUUCAGGAAAGAGCAUACCGUUGGAUGAAGUCAAAGGAAUUGACAUCCUGGGGGAUUUGGUGGAAGCAUCUACCCUAAGCGUGAACCGGAGGUUAUACGGAAGCUUGCACAACUUCGGACAUGACGUGCUGGCGUACAUUCAUGACCCAGAUUAUCGUUAUUUGGAGGACUUUGGCGUGAUGGGCGAUGUUACAACUGCCAUGCGUGACCCUGUAUUCUACCGUUGGCAUGGAAUGAUUGAUGGUAUCUUCCGAAAGUUCAUCGAAACACUAAACCCGUACACUUCAGCUCAGCUGGGCUUCCCGGGAAUCAAGGUGAACAGUAUCAACGUUCGCAUCAACCGAGCCAACGCUCCUGCGAAUGUUUUGCUCACCUACUGGCAGAAGUCUCAAGUUGAUCUUGCUGCGGGGCUUGAUUUUGGUCCGAAAGGUAACGUUUUCGCCAGUUUCACCCAUCUGCAACAUGCACCAUUUGCUUAUGAGAUUAAGGUAACAAACAGUUCUGGAUCUCCGAAGCGUGGCACGGCGAGGAUCUUCAUUGCUCCAAAAGUUGACGAGAGAGGAACCAAUUUGGCAUUCCGUGAGCAACGGUUGCUCUUCAUAGAACUGGACAAGUUUGGUGUGAACUUGAGACCUGGAGACAACACCAUCACCCGAAGAUCGGAUCAAUCAAGCGUAACUAUUCCAUACGAAAGAACUUUCCGUCGAAUUGGAACCGCACAGCAACCAACUGAUGCGAAGCAACGUGAACAGUUCCGUUUCUGUGGUUGUGGGUGGCCACAGCACAUGCUGAUUCCAAAGGGUGCCCCCGAGGGAGUGCAGUUCGAUUUAUACGUUAUGAUCUCGAACUUUGCAGAUGACACUGUUAACCAGGACUUCGAUGAAAACGUCGACUGCAACGAUGCUCAUUCGUUCUGUGGAUUACGGGAUAAGCUGUACCCGGACAAGAGACCGAUGGGCUUCCCCUUCGAUCGUACGACUCCAGUGGCCACCACAACGCUGAAUCAGUUUAUCGGUUCCAAUAGCAAUAUGGCCACGAGUACUGUGCAGAUUAAAUUCACUAAUACUGUUAUUGCAAGAACUUGAGGUGAAUGAAUCAGACUAAUGCCGACCAGGGAUAUACAUGAUGUUUUGACUUUUUUCAAUAUU